AUGGCCGAAGGUUGUUCGCGUUCAGAAACACGAACGGUCGAUAUUUUGAGUUCAAGCCAACAAGAAGACGGUAGGAACUUCCCUGCAAACAGCCUAGCAAUGUUGGGACGAAGGCCAUUGAGUGAUAGCUCUAUUAAAUACGAAGAGAACGCUUUUCACGACUCGUCCGAAGUGAAACUAGUUCAUUUUGCCGAGCGACGAAAUUCAUUUUCAACGCAGGGAAGUAGCGAUGGUGGUAAUUCAAGCGACGAUGGCUUGAAAGCGUCGACUUCUAGAGGACCUAAAGCACCAGAACAGUCAUUUCGUAUCAGAUCAAGGAAAGGAACGAAACCAGCUUUUCAUUGCGAUUGUCCGCAGUCACAGAAAUCUAAGAGAAAAGCCGCAAGAAAGUUAUCAACCCUAACCACUUCGAGUGGAUUACCCUUUCCCGUUUUGCCCGUCGAAACAAAAUCUCGUCCUCGAAAAACGGACGGAUCGUUUAUGAAAAGAGUAAAGAAAUUGUUCUGCGAUUCGGGAAGCCCAACAAACUGUGAAGAGCUACGAUUUCCUGACGGUACCAGCGCGUCUUCAAAGUCGACGAAGGCGAUAAACGAAGCAGAACAAAGCCGUUGUACGAAGAAGGACAUCCAAAAAAAGGAACGCCAUUAUAUUAUCGGAGAUAUUUUGGCAGUUACAAACUGUUCAUAUUAUUGGGGCAGCAUAAAUCGCCACGAAGCUGAAGAAGUGAGUAUUGGACAAACUAUAAAUUUGUAUUUUCGGUUCAUCGUUGUUCUGUUUACAUUUGUUGCUUUAUUUUGGUUUUCUUGACGCUGUGAGUUUGCGGUUUUAAAUUAGCUAUGAUGCUCGGCAAUCUUUUGUACUUUUAAACAAUAGUUUUGCUGUUUUUUAUCAGGUAAAAUAGUGCAGAAAGGCCUUUAAAUUUUUUUUUCAAUUUUUAUGUCCAAAACCCGAAAAUUUUUAAACAGUGAUUAUGGAAAUAGGCAAUGAAGCGUGGUUAUAUGAAUCAAUAUAAAACCGUUUCUAAUAUAGAAAAUAAAAAGCUGUACAUUUAUUUAGAAAGAGAAACAUUGAACCGUUUGCCCGACUUCAAAGAUUUAAAUAGAUUUAAUUUGCGGAAAUUGACAUUUUUUGAAAACUUUUAUGGGAUUGGUGCAACUUCACAUUAAAUUUAAUUUGCCCGUUAGACACAGCUGGUUUCUGACAAUAUCUGUAUGAAUUUUGAUUUUUUGAAACAUUAAAUUCCAGAGAUCAGAGAUCACAGUUUGCAAAUAGCGUAAAUUUUUUGAUACAUUUUCAACAAAUUAGAAUAAAAUUUGUCACCGAAAUGUUGUAACAAAAUUUUCGAACAUAUCUAGUCACGUGCGUAUCGUGUAUAUUUAAUCUUGUAUUAUUGGCUUCGGUUCAAACUUUAAUAUAUAUGAGAAAAUUAAAACCCUAAUAUGGCUAUGAACAGUUAGGGGUCGCUAAGUGUAUAUUGGAGUGAUGCAUUCUAAUAUUGGGUUCAAAGCUUAGGUUAUAUAAGAAAUGAUAUCAUUUCAAAAGAUAUUCAAAUUCUGAAAUACAAAAGUUGUUGAGACCAUCUGGCAAUGUGUACAAACUUAGUGAUGAGUAUGAAAAGAGCAGCCAAUCAAAUGAUCCCCAUUGAGCUGCAUUGUGCCCUAAUGUGACCCACUUUAUAUUAUUUUACCCUGUCUUAUGCCAGAAAUUGAUUGUAAAAUGUUCUUCCUCCUUGUCUUAAUAUUUCAAUAAUAGACCCAAAAAUGUCUAAAUGUAAAGAAAGCAAAUUGGGGUGCAUUGCAGCUUCACAGGUUAAUUAAUAAUGGAUUAUUAUAAUGUUAUAAUCAAACACACAAUCGAUAGUACAAAGAACAAGACUUGUAUUGUCUCGUAUUAAACUCUCUAUAUCAUGAAUAAAUACAUUGUACUAUAACACACCACAGAACAUCUGAAACAACAAUAUUCUGAGCUGUUUUCGUUAUCCCAAACUUUAAUAAACUUGUUAAGGUGUAAUGUGACUUUAUUAUUUUCUCUGUCUAACUCCUGAUUAUUUUACUCUAACACCAGACAAUUUACUUGUCAAGGGGAGAGUCUUCUGUAUUAAUGGGUUAACAUUUAUCCUAAUAAUUAUUAUGCAAUGUUAGAUAAAAAGUAUCAAUUAUCCAACUCUCAUUUCUCUUAUUCCCAUAUAGCUUCUUGUUGGUAAACCUGAUGGGACAUUCUUGCUGCGUGAUAGUGCACACAAAGAUCAUCUAUUUUCCGUAAGUUUCCGUCGCUACAACAAAACGCUUCAUGCUCGCAUUGAACAAUGGGACCACAAGUACAGUUUUGACCAUGAAAGCCCAGUUGCUUACUUCUCCAUAACGAUCGCGGGUUUAUUGUCGCAUUACUCGAUCGGCGAGUACUGUAUGUUUUUUGAACCAAUGUUGGUGAAACCUUUAAUCCGGACACAACCGCAGCCGCUUAUGAGUUUGUGCCGAGGUGCGAUUGGAAAUUGUACAAGAUACGAGGACAUCGAAAAGCUGCCAAUUCCGUCCUCACUCAAAACCUAUUUGAAGGAAUAUAAUUAUUGUAUUAAACCUAAAUCAAAGAAAGACGAGGAAGGAAAACGGAAAAGAAAUUCCACGCUGUGUAUUGGUAGAUAG